AGUAUGGUGAAGCUAGUUCCGAGAUGCGAAGGCGUCGCGAUCAUUUAAAACACAGCGACGGCAAACUCCGCUGGGACUGGAAAUGGAAGAAGGAGUCUGACGGCAAAUGGUAUAGUGAGAGGACAGUAUAUCGAUAUUUAUCGAAGAUGUAUGAGCGCGACUACUUGAAAGAUGACGAAGACGGGGGCUAUGGGAGUGUCAGGAUCGAAAUCGACAAAAAUAAAAAAAUUGUAACGCAUGAAAUAUAGGGCACGUAAGUCCUGUGUUGGGGAGCAGGCAAAUAUGACCGAUUACAAGCCUGUUUAGGGGAAGGCGAUGCGCUGCCAGAGUAGCAUGACAGAAGCAGUCUUCUUUGCCCAAGCAGCAUGUUGACAGACUGAAUUUUGGUGCUCUCGAAAUUUGUCACGCGUCGCAAAUUAUUUCGAUUUUGUUGAUUUUGAUCCUGGCACUUCUAUAGGACGAAGAGGCAGCUGAAGUCCAUGACCGUGAAUGGGGAACCGAACCAGGAUACCAUCGGUAUGGGGCUCUCAAACGUUACACUCUCAACUGUUACAUGAUUUUGUCAUGCAAAUAACACGAUCUAGCAGUUUUCGCACGAUCAAGCCUUCUGCGCAUGACAAUCAACUUCUCGACGCGCUGAAUAGCUCUAGAAUCUGUCCCAAAUCUGUAAUGCAAAAGGCGCAGCCGCAGUCUUCCUCCUUUCACUUCUGGCAUUCUUCUUGCAUCCUGACUCCGCGACCCGGUGGCCUGACCAUCUGCGGAAAGGUGCCCUAUGGGUUGCGUUUGUGGUUUCGGUCGGUUUAGCAUCACAAAUUUAUGUAACAGCUGAGAAUGUAACUCCUGAGAACUCCAUAAUCGGAAAAGUCAGUCACGCGGAUGGUGCGGCCACUCUGGUCAUGUUCAACCUCCCGCGGGCGAAGCAGAUCUAUCAAACAAAAGAUCAUCUUUACGCUUAACGGAACCGGCUUUGAGAGUAGAAAAUAGCAGUCAUGCAUGAAAAAAUCACUUCUAUAUCAUAGUCUGUCAGUAACGCCAUGCAACACGACGAAAUUGCGUCCCUCUUCACCUCCUGCGUUCCCGCAAGCCAAAUUCUUCCGCUCGCGUUAAAACUUCUUGACUUGAUAAGAUCACCCAGCUGUUCAUCGUGUCCAACCACCGGCAGUCAUACCAGACUAUUUGCGGCCUCGAGUUCUUUCGGUUCACCAGUGUGGCGGAAGAGAUCGACCCGAGUUAUUGCAAGGAAAAAUCCCCCCUCCCCAUAUUGAAAGUGCAUCAUUGUGAAAAUUUGUGAUGCAGAUUCGUGCCCUCAAAUCGGGUCUGUCUUGCAAGCAGGCACAUUAAGGCGUCCCGCCACGUUAUGCGGAAGCUUUGUAAUGCCGUCAGGCCUUCUACAGGGUAGCCGUCCACCAUGCUAGGCGCCUACACCAAAAGGCGCUUGCCUACGCUCAGGAUCUGCGUGCAGUCCUCUACUGCAGCACAAAUCUGAUUUGUGUAUCCAACUCCAGCAUCAGAAGUUUUGUUUUGAUAUGGGGAGGGGGGAUUUUCUCUUUUGAUAGGAGUAUUUGGAAAGCCAGCAACUUUCCCUCCAGUGAUGACUACGACUUUUACGGUCUGACGAAGAAUAACGAGGAGCACGAUUCCAAGUUUAAAAGCCCCCGGCGUCGGUCGGGGGAGCCCCAGUGGGAUGCCCGCGUGCAGUUGCCGCUGUACUACGCGCGCGGGCGGAGCACCAAGUGGCCUAACUACUGCACGCACACGGAGAAAAUCCUGCAGACCUGCGACUGGGUAUCCAGGAAAAAAACAUUCAUCCCCAUCCAUUUUUUGCAUGACAAACACUGGAACCCACUACCUCUAGGGUGACUUUUUCGCUACCGCUACUACUGGUACAACUACCACCUUUAGGGUGAUUUUUUCGACGUAGGUGGGACUGUGUCUUAGUAGCUGUUUUCUUCGUUUUUUUACUUUUCUUUUAAUCCCUCGGUGCUGGGAAAAGUUUUUGAUGUACAGGGCUAUUUCUAUCCAGAUAUCCGCACAGCUUUCGUCGCGGCCGUCCCAGAUGCUGUUUUGUUUGUCUUUCGAUAGAAAUCGCGUUGUCCAAAGAUUUCUUCUAGAGUUUACCGGGUUCUUGUGUCGGCCCGCCGAAGCUUCGCGUGCGGGUUCAGCAGUCUUUCUUCCUUCGCAAAAGGUGAGUCUCUUGACCCUUCCGGUCGUCACCACUCCGCCGGUGUCUGUGCUCUCGGGCGCGUCACCCACCUCAGGACCUCAGGCUGCGGCUUGUCGAAAUAGUUUACGAGGGGACGCCCAGCCCUUAGCCUUCCAUCAACAUGACAAACACUGCAAAUUAUGCAUGUUCUGCAUUACAAUGACAAAUUGGAUGGGGAUGGGUGUUUUUUCCUGCAUACUGGGACUGGCGAAAGCAGCGGAACGAUCAGCACACUUUCAUGCACACUGGUGCCCUGAGGCUAGAAGCCAAGGAUUGCCCCGCAGCUACGGACGCUGGUGUCCAACCGGUGGGUACGACCGACGCGUGGAACAACAAGUGCA